AUGUUGACACAGGUUGUGGGAACUUUAGUAGCAGUCUUUGUCUACGCAUUAACAGCUUGGUUGCUGAUGGCCACGAUCCCAAAUCUCUGCGACACGUCUGUACUUCCACCAGGAAGUCAAUGGACUUGCCCAAUAGAUCGAGUCUUCUUCGACGCAUCAGUAAUAUGGGGACUCGUGGGACCAAGAAGAAUGUUUGGUGAUCUUGGAGAAUACUCAAACAUAAACUGGUUCUUCCUAGGAGGUGCAAUAGCUCCAGUGUUGGUCUACUUAGCCACAAGACUCUUCCCAAACACGAAAUGGAUAAAAAUGAUUCACAUCCCUGUUCUGAUUGGAGCCACGGCUAUAAUGCCACCAGCUUCUUCGGUUAACUUCACCAGCUGGCUCGUUAUGGCGUUUGCGUUUGGACAUUUCGUGUUCAAGUACAGGAGAGAGUGGUGGCAGAGGUACAACUAUGUUUUGGCUGGAGGAAUGGAUGCAGGAACAGGGUUUAUGUCUGUGCUUCUGUUUGUUGCGUUGCAAAGAAGUGAGAUUGGGCUUGAUUGGUGGGGAAACUCCGGUGAAGGUUGUCCUGUUGCUAAAUGUCCUACUGCUAAAGGUGUGAUUGUUCAUGGUUGUCCUGUUUUCUAA